AUGGUAGCGAAAUAUCCUAGAUCUCUGCAAGACAUAAUAGAGGGAGAUGUGAUUGGCCCAGGGUACCACUCUUUGGUUAAGCAACUGCAAUAUAGGAUUGAAAACGUGAAACGAUCAACGACCCCAAAAUUAAGAAAACGAAAGCGUCCCAAUAAUGAGUCUGACACAGAUGAAGUCCCUCCAGAACAGAGAGCAGCAAUGCAGGAUACGUAUGGCUGCAUUAACUGGGAUUUAAAAUCCCUUCCUCUUGGAGGGACCCCAGAUAGUCAGCGACAAAAGAAAGAACAACUGAAGAUGAUGUUUCAGCAAAAUGAUACAAAUACAGAUGAGGUCAAAUGUCUGAUGAUGUUGACUUUCUACACACAGCGUAAACAAGUGAACCAGGGGGAUAAUAUAAAAUGCCUUCUGGAAGAGUGGCCUAUUUGGUUCAACGAACUUGGAAUGGCACUCCACUUCAAGGUACUUACUGGAAUUGGGCUUAAAGAAACUUUCACACGGCAUUUGACUCUGAAGGAAAAACGACUCUUGAACUACUUCAAUACUGUUGGUGUGGACAAGAACAAAAAGUUCCUGCAGGCUGUAACAACUUUGAAAGUCAUGAGGGGGGAGCUGAUUGAUUGCUCUGUAGAUGUCAAAGAUAUGUUGCUGCUUUUGUUAUCUUACUUCAAUGAGAAGGACGAUGCAAUGUUCUGUUAUGUUGAGGACACCUGCCUGGCAGAAGAAGUACAGAUGGACCAAGUUCGUCUGACUCCCACCCUUGUUGUGUGUGGUCAAUCCUGCUUUUCUGCAAAACGGUUCAUGUUGUGUGUGGAUCAAAACAUUAUACUUGACAACCUCCCCUCCUUCAUUUCCGCCAUGUGCAUGAUGUUUGGGAGCUACUAUUGCUUCAACAUCCAUUACCCAUCAGAGCUGGCAUCAACCUUGGAGUUUCUGCAGACGUGUUUUUUCUCCAUCAACCCAGAAAAGGGCACUAAAGUGGAAAAGACAAACACAUCCUGCCUUCAGGUGAACCCAAGGGUCCUUACUUUGAUUCAGGAACUUUCAGAUCAUGAGUGGCGUGAUGUCUGA